UUUACUACGAUUCUUUAUUCAAGGUAAGCUCGCGUUAUUGUUUUGUUAUUGCACAACACGAUGUUCGCCGGGGGGUUCGUAUAUAUUUCAUUGGAGACAACCUUCAUUGUGGACUCUUGUGUUUGUUUUAUUCGUCAUGAAUUUUAUUUCCGCCAAAUUCUCCAACAUCUUUCUAACAAGAUCGGAUCAUUGACUACAUCUUUUAAUUUUUUUUCAAGUUUAAAACUGUUGCAUCAAACACAACGCACUUUGUGGUGCAGGUUUUUUAGAUUUUGGCGCCGACAAGUUUUUUUUUGUACGUAGCUCUUCAAAAAUUCCACUUCGUCACGUUAAGUACAAAUCUAAAUAAUUGAUCACGAACGCUGUGACACCAUUAUUACUUUAUUUUACGGUAAUUCUCUUAUUCAAACGUUUUUGGUGUUUAAAUUGAUGUAUUCUCUUGUUUUGUAUUUGGGUUUCAUCUGAGAAAUAGCUUCGUCAACUUCGUCGAUCUUUGUUCGCGAAGAGUUAACUAGGCGAAAUCUUUUCAUUUUUAUUUUAUUUGAUGAUAUUUAAGAUUUUACGCAAAUUGAAAAAAGUGUGUCAGAGUUGUUUUUAUUACGGCUCCAUAAGGUAACAAGAUCUUAAAAGACGAAGAAAAUAUAAUUUUGUCUGCUGCAAUAUCAUCUUUUAUAUCAUCUUCUCUGUUUUGAUCAAUAUUGCAACCAAGGUCGGUUUGUUUACUCAUUGAUGACCUACUUUUCUCAGUACUCGUACAAUGUCACAACAUAAAAAAGUAAACAGGUCGAGUUUAUCAUUACAGAUAUUAUAUUAAGAUAUGAAAAUUUUCGUUUUUGUGCAUGUCUUCUUGCUGGUUACCGAUACCUAUAGCUUGAGAUAUCUUGGGAAAAAAAUAAUUUCGAGAAAAGUAAUGAAAUGUAAUUAGAAUGUACUUGAUUUAAGGAGUUAAAAGGGUGUAUAAACGUUUAUGAUACUUUAGGAACGGACAGCCUCUUGGUGAAAACCAUUAAAUUCUUAUAACUCUCAGUUAAUAAAUUCAUUACAUGCAAUAAAAGUGACAUUUUUAUUCUCUAUAUAUCCAUUAUCCACUGCAAACAUUAUAGGUAAAAAUGUGUCAUAUGUAGUCCCCUAGUCUGUUUCUUUUUGCCCUCUUUUUCAGCCAAAUACAGGCAAAACCAUUCUUGUUAUGAACUCCUGUGAUUAAUAUUAUGAACAGCUCUGUAUUGCAGCCAGUUAACUUGGUAUAAGCUUUGUUUAUUGACUGAGUUACUGGUCAGGCCAGGUGGGGAAAUAUUUCAUUGGCUCAAGGACAGUCCGUCCUGACCAAGGGCCAAAUAUUCUCUUGCCCUGGCCGACCUAACUCAGUCAAUAACAAUGUUGUCCUUUGACCGUUGUGUUUGUGUAUUUUUCCGAUGGAGCAAACCUGUGUCGAUGAGUACACUUUUCUAACAGGGCCUGAUACGCUUUUCCAGCCUUAUCACUCGAUGUGUAUGUCCCUCAUACAAGACUUGUUUUUCAUGUGGUUUGUCAACGAAAUCGUAAUCAGGGCUGCACAGGUCAUGUAAUAAUAAAAUAUUAUUCCUACCACUAUUCCUACCUCUUACCUGUGCUGUCUGGAUUGACACUUGGCUCUUUCCUGUUGGUAUCCGGCCAUUUCCAUGGGGCCUAAUCUGCAGUUAUGGAAGUCUCUGGUCCCGGUUGUUCAAACAUUGGUGAUCACUACCCACUGGAUAAAUCACCGUCCAGUGGAUAAGUAUUAAGAAAACCGAUAUUGCAUUUAUCUACUGAAUACAGAUUUAUCCCGUGGAUAAUAUUAUCCACUUUUCAAACAGCUGGGCCCUGUAUUUUGGUCUUGACAACUUGGCUGUUACAAAGGAGGGUAAAGGAACUUGGUACAGCUGGAAAGACUCUUCAAUUCAAGUUAUUAUGUCUACACAGGACUCUACUUCUUUUGAUUGGUUAAUCCCCCAUUUACCCCCACACAAUGUUGCACCACAAAAGAGCUUAUUUGUACCCAUCUUGCUUGUGAUACCAAAGGAACUUACCAGCUUGCUCAUGAGACAACAUUAUUUGGGGACAGGGAGGUAGCAUAGUCAGUUCAACCAAUGUCAUGUUAAUUGUCCCAUAUCACUUUUAAACCCUCCCCCCUGCAGAUCAAGUGGAAUAAACCACUUAGUUACAUGCGUGUGGUCUUAAAAGAGAAAAAACUUAGAGGAUUGAAAUUUGUCUAAGAACUUGAUUAAAUCAUACUUCUAAAUACCUAAGGAGAAAUUGUCCCUUCUUAGGGCCUGUUUACAUGGAGAGAGGGUUACCCUUUUAUCCUAGCAAGCGGGUUAAAGUUAGCUCUGGUUUACAAGCUAAUUUCACAGGUAGGGUUACCCUAUCACCCGGGUUAACUUUACCAGCUUCACUGAAGUGGUGUGUCGUGCGUGACAUUCUUUGUAAUGUCCAAGAUUUGAAAUAGAAGGAAGUUCUCUAAGGAAAACACAUUAAAUUCCCGAAAUAAUGUGAAAAUAUUAUAUCAUUGUAUACAGAAAAUACCUUGUAUUGUUCAGAUGUUUAUAAUUUAGCUCAGAAUUGGAUGAUUUCCGUUCAAAUUGUUAUGAUUACUGGUCAUGCAUGACAGAAGACAGUAGUCCUUGUAGGGUCCUAUCAAUGGUAUUUGAGAGGUGGAAGCUUCUCCCCCAAAAAAUAUUGUUAUCAUUGUGGUAUAUAAGCCCAGGGGGGGCACUUGGGUAUUUUUUGGGUGGGUAUGUGCCGCCUGGGACUCCAAAUUGGCACCCCGUUCUAAAAAAAAAUUCCCCUAAAAUUGAUACCCCGUUCUAGAAAUGGGCCAAUUUUUUAUACUCCGUUCUAGAAAGUUUGUAAAUUGAAAUAGCCCUGUUUUUUUAAAAAAUAUUUCUUUAUUUGUUCGACUUAUACAUCAAAUAAAUGCUUCUUCAUAAUCAGCAACAAUUUUAAGCAGAAGAUAAAGCCGUGAUCCCCAAUUUUUAUACCCCGUUCUAGAAAACGCCUCUGAAAUGGAUACCCCGUUCGAAAUCAGGAGCUUCAAAAUCACGACCCCGUUGGGCGGCACAUACCCGUAUAGGUAAUGUAUGGGAGUGCCCCUCCCCCGGGUAUAUAGGUAACUAUUGGAAAAAAUCAUCCAGAUGCAACAAGGUCAUUGCACACACUGUAACAUUUGUCAAAAUUGUGUCUCAAAAUGCACCAGAUUGCAUCUCAGAGCAUAUUCAUUGCAAAACAUUUCCAGGGGAAAGGGAGGGGGGGUGCCACCAAACCCUGCUUGGAAGCUGGUAUGCCUUCAGCCACUCUGGACUUCUCCCCCAAAUGAUAAAUCCUGGAUAGAUCCCUGCCUGGGUAGGUGAGUUAUCCCUAGCAGAAUGUUUUCAAGGCAGGUAGGGUAACCCUAGCACUCAGGUAGGUUACCCUUGUGCCAGGGUAACCCUACCUUUCUUGUAGACAUGUCAUGUAAAAAAAGAAGAAAUGUGCGAGUGCUGGGUAACCCUCUUGUUAGGGUAACCCUAGCACCAGGGCUACCCUCCUUCCUUGUAAACAGGGCCUUAGAAAGAACCACUGUUACUGAUUUUCAUUUGUUCAGACCUCUAAAUGUAGAUUGUAUAAAUAUUAUUACGAUAUAUUUUACUAUUAAUAUUUUGUUUUUUUCUGCUUUAUAGGGCUUCUUGUCCUUCUUAGUCCACUUACAACAGCAUCCAACAGGUUCUUUUUCAAUGAAACAUCACUAAUACAAGUUUCAAGUGCAGUAGUUCCUCUUACUAGUGGUUUUGAUUUAACAUUUAGAACUUGCAAUGGUGGAGUUUUGCUCAGCCAAAACGGUACAAACAAUGGUUUCUUCACCCUUGAAGUUGUGCCCACGGUGGUGAACUAUUCACAUACUCCUACAUUAUUUAUUGCCAGUCACCUCAGAAUGACUUGGGAGAUAAGUGGUACAAGACAGUUUGUUACAGUAGGAACAAAGCUGGAUCAGAAUUUUAAUUAUAAAGUGGAAUUUGUUGCUGGAAGUGGAGCCAUAAAUUCAACGCUUGCACUAACUGGUAUAUCAUCUGUUGACGUUCCAAAUAAUAUUUUAGGAUUUCGUAAUUCUGGUCCUUUAAGGGCAGGUCAGCCCAUCAGUGCAGGGCAAGGAUUUGUUGGUUGCAUUGGAAGUGGAACAAACAUUCAACUCCGAAACAGUGGACCUGGGACGUUUUUAAACAUUAAAAACUGUACUCUUGAUAACCAGCAAGGAUGCCCUGAUAAAGGUUAGUGUCAGUGACAAAUUUUUGGUAUUAUUAUUCAUUCAAAAUAUUUUCCAUGUCUGAUUGGCGGAAAUCCGCCAGCUAAUUUUAUUCUUCAUAUAAAGCAGCUGGCAUUUUCCAAAUUUGAAAGGUGUGAGCAAUAUACAUUAUACAGUUCCAGUUUCAGUUUCAGUUACUCAUACAGACAUUCAAUGACUAAAAUGUUAUUUAAAAAUUAAACAGACAUAAAUUGAAAGUUGUAAAAGAAUUAUAAGUAUUUUUCUGGUGAGGAAGCUAAAAUAGAAACCUUGGGGCUUAUUAUAUGAGCCCCUUCCUAAGACUAAAUAUUAUGAAUAAAUAAGCGGCGAAAUCAUACUGAAAUGUAAUUAGGAUAAAAAGCAAGCAAAACAAAACAGACAAGAAGCGGCAAAAAUCAAGUACGAUUUACAAGUGGUGAAUCAGCUAAGAUCAUUGAAUGAUGGUUUACUUGCGUGGAAAUGAGGUUGAUCAAUGGUAUAUUUGUGUGGAAACGAGGCUACUUGGGAAACAGUUACGCUGGAUUUAUGGGUCUGUCUGCAGGUACCUUCAUCAAAAAAGAAAUAAAGGAACCAAAUUAAUGUUAAAGUUCUCCUCGGGGCUUUAUUGUUUGGUUGUAAUGUUUCUUCUAUUGUACAUACUCGGUUAUAAGACGCACCCCGAGUUUUGAGCAGAUUUUGAUCAAACAAGCAUAUUUUCUUGUAAAAAAUGGUGCGUCUUAUAAGUGAAUAAAUACGGUAAUCUGUCUGUUUUUAGAACAAAAAACACACGGAAAGGCAAAAGAAAACCCGCAAAGAUAUUAGAGCUAUGAAAACGGAAUCCAAUAGAACAUACUUACAGAACCUCUCCAGUCUAGAACUUACAAAUGAUCAGAAGCCAGCAUUCGCUUGACUGUUUGGAAUUGGUCUGGUGAGAAUCGGUACCCAGGGGCUCUUCUGCUCGUGCUUGAAAACUUUUAUCACACCUUGUCUCCCGACCCGACUUACUGCCCUGGGUCUCUGAGGAUGCGACACCUAUGGAACUUUGCCAUUGCAAUUGUGUAAUUUCACAUGCACAAUAAUUAUUAGAAAUUAACACUGAAAUUUAGUGCCAGAAUUAAGGAGUAAUUAUUGUCACCCAUGAAAUGAGAUUGAUUUACCCUUCUGCACAUGUUGACUUGCAGUUUGCCCUACUGGUUUUACUGGAGAUUACUGUGAAAUCAACAUUGAUGAUUGUGCACAGAUUCCAUGUCAUCACUUCAGUACAUGUAAAGACCUCAUUGGUAAUUACAGCUGUGUAUGUGGGCCUCGCUGGACUGGCAGACACUGUGAUAACUACUUAGGACCUUUAUGCAAUUCUUCUCUUUGCCAAAAUGGAGGCCACUGUAGAGAAACUGCGGACUUGAAUAACUACACCUGUACAUGUGCUCCUGGUUACACUGGGAGGAACUGUGAGGUCCAAUUUGAUCCUUGUGACAGUUCCCCAUGUCAACAAGGUGGAACAUGCUCUAAGCUUGGAAGUGAAAAUUUCCAGUGUGCCUGUCCAUCAGGUUAGUCUUCAAUUGUCAUUUGAACUAUUGGUCUAUCAAUGUAAUUACGGUAGAUACUGUAACUCUUCACUGGGCUGUGUUCUAGCUUGUGUUGGAAAUCACUUGAGAUGUUACAAACAGUCAUGAAAAAUAAUCAGAUUGACCCAACUGAGCAAUGAUCGAUUAUAAUAUUGGCAAAAUCUCUCUAUAGCAUUCCAUUUAUUUUUCUCCUUUGUGCAAGUCAAACUUUUUUAGUUUUUGACUUUAGACCACUGAGCUAAGAAUUUUUUCUGUGCUUUCAGGUGAUCAAUUUCUCUUUCUUCUUUAAUUGUGAGAUGAUUAAAAAGACAACACUCAAGUUUUCAAUACUGUACUUUAUUUGCCAACAUAUGAUUUUUAAUGCAAUAACUGAUUGAACAUUUUCCAUAGUCUACUAUCCCAUGAAAGAUUUCAGAUCAAUGAUCGGCCCAUCCUUGGUUCUACAGUGUAGAAAGGCCCAAUGGUACUGUACCUGGUGACUUACUUUUGGCUUUCAAUGCACAACAUGGAAGACUUAGUUUUAGCGUAACUUGUAAAAUGCUGGCCUAUCUCUCUCUCUGCUGGAAAUUCUCCUGAGCCGAGCCGACAAUUUCCUACCACAUUGCCUUGCAGUCUAUCAUUGCAGUUUUGAUUUCCAAAACGGAUGCCAAACACGGGGCUUGAAAUAGUUUUGUGAAUGGCACCGGUCAAGUUCCAGUUAAACCUAUUUUUGUUUGGACAUACCCCUUUGCCAGACAAUUACAAAUAUUUUAUUAUGACAUACAUGUAUCUCUAUAAAUUUAAACUAAAUUUGGUUCAUUAGAAGUGUAAAAUUAGGGCCCAGACAAAGUGUUCGGUCAUCCAAGGAUUUGACCGGUCAAAGCUUACUUUUGACCUAGGACAUAAUAUAUGUCCAUUGACUGGCCGUUAAUUCAAGCCCUACCAACCAGUGGAUGCAGUGUAUAAAGAAUAGCCAUAUCUGAAAGACUGAUAGUGGCUAGUCAGGGGCUGGUACUGAGCAGAUUCUGUGAUUAGGCUAGUGAAUUCUGUCCCUUGUUCAGCGGGGCUGUUUUAACUUAUUAAUUAUGAGUUCUUUUGACUUAUCAAUCAUAGUAGUGGAGAUGUUUCAGGCAAACACAUCUUUACUUGCCUGAAGGGUAACCUAGAAUUUUUUUUUUUUGGCAUAGAAUGCUCAAAGUUGUUGGACUCCCUAUAGUUAGUUCAGUUCUUAAAGCACAGCCUCGAUUUAAAAAAAUUUUCAUUUUGAUGAUUAUUGUACUUUUCACGCAUUUAUUAUUUUCAGGGCUUAACAUUAAAAUACCUUAACCCCUCAGUUUAUAAAGAUUUCCCUGUUUUAAAAAACAAUCUGCAGAAAGUUUAAUAUAAUACAGUCACUGUCACUUGCAGUGUAGGUAUUUUAGCUGUCAAGCCACAAAUGUCUAUUUAUGAACUAUAGGGGGGGCAGCACAAACCAACUGAGAAUUCUGUGACCACAACACAGUCAUUAUAUUAGCUGCCUUUGCCACCAUGUGCUCCUAGAGUAUAUAUCUGUAUUUGUCACUAUGACAAGUUCAUAGGUUGUGGAUAACUUUUUAACAUAAUUAAUUUUUGUCUUUGAAAAUUCAGGUUUUAAGGGUCCGGCUUGUAAUAUAAAUGUAAAUGAAUGUGGAGCAUUACCAUGCAGCCAUGGCUCAUGUAUUGAUGGAAUUAACAGCUACACUUGCAACUGUACUGGAUCUGGUUAUACAGGACAAACCUGUGCAGAGGAUAUUAACGAAUGUGAAACUAACAACCCUUGUCAUCCUAAUGCGACUUGUACAAACUACCCUGGUACUUAUCAGUGCAACUGUCAAGCUGGAUUUACGGGCAAGAACUGCUAUGAGAAUGUUGAUGACUGUCGUAGUAACCCUUGUAGAAAUGGAGGUGAGUCACAUGCCAAUCAGAUCCAGUGCUGCACUCUUUUAGACUUUGAUGAGCUACUCCCCUUGGUGUUGACUGGAACUCAUCCAGGGAGGUUUUACUGUUAUCAGAAAAAGGGGUAAUACUAUGGGGAAUUAUCACAAGUUAUAAGCCAGGUACUAUCCUGUGCAUGAUCCAGGGUUCGCACAGUCUUGAAAAGUCCUUGAAUUUUAGAGGAAGUCCUUGAAAAGUCCUUGAAUUUUCUUCAACUUUGAAUGUAGUGGCCUGGAAAGUGUUUUUUGAUGCUUUUUGGUUGUCCAAGACAAAAUAUAAAUCAAGCUCAGAGAAUUUAAAGGUCAUUUACAUAAAGUGUUCAAUGUUUUAUGAAAUAAUUAACUAUCAAUUUAAGACAAGUGAACUGAAAAAUGUAGAGAAGAUGGUGAAGUAAACAGAUCAAACCUUAAAGCCUUAUUAGAAUAGACUGGGAAGGGGCAUUUAUGUACAAUCUGGGAAUUUAUAUUCCUAGAAGGUGGUCCUUGAAAAUCUAAUGUGGCCUUAACAAGUCCUUGAAAAAUGGUUGCAGUGUUUUGCAUGAACCCUGAUUUUGAUUGGGUGCAUAAAUGAAUGAUUCUUAGUUAAAGGAAUAGUGGUUUGAAAUCCGUUAAUAGAACCGAAAGCCUAUUUUGCCUUGGGAUUAAUUUUUCCUGGAAAAGUCACUCUGCAGCAGAUUAGUCUUGGUUGCAAAACUACCGCAUGCAAGCUCUCAUGUCCCCUAUGUCUUGAGUGGGUUGUGUGUUGACUGGGGAGUGCAUGAGCCUCACAUGCCCUACGGCCAGGGGACUCCCCUAUAAAAGUGACUGGGAUGCUCAUAGGAAAAUGAAAAUUAUUAAACCACAAGUUUAAACUGACCCCUAAAGGAGAUCUCUGUGUGGUCAGGGUUGCAGCAUUUUUGGUAAAUUUCUUUAUGCACAGCCCUUAGUGACUUUCCAUCCCCCCAAAAAAUAAGUUAGACCAAAACCUGCAAUUUUGGUCUAAGCGAGAUGGCGAGCAUCCCCGUCACUUUUAUAUGGGAGUCUCCCCCACACCCCCGGCCCUGGUGUAGAGAGAAAAAUCACUCUCUCCCCAGUAUCACUCUCCAUUUUCAGCCUUUCUGCAUACUCUUCGUUUUGACUGUUUGGGCACACAUUACUUGACUACGCAAAAAUAUGGCCUGUUUUAGAGCACUAGACCACUAUAUCCAAAAGGAAAUUCCGGUUUAACCUGACAGUGGACUUAACUACAACUUACAACUUACAAUUACAAGUAAAAGUGUUAGGUACUCUCACACAAAGUAAUGUGUUUUAUGUUGUCACUUUUAGGAUCUUGUCAUGAUAAAGUAAGUGGUUACAUCUGUAACUGCACAGUGGGCUUUAAUGGCAGCCUUUGUGAGAAUAACAUUGAUGACUGUGUAUCUCACACUUGUAACAACUAUUCAUUGUGCGAGGAUGGAAUCAAUAACUACGCGUGUGUUUGUAAGCCUGGUAAGUUUGUAGCCUAAAGUAGUUACAGGUAUUAUUUACACAGUUUCAACUCCAUGCUCAGCUUGGUUAUAUCAUAUUGUUGUUGUCAGGUCAUCAGUUUGAGUAGACCUGUUAGCGUGGCUGGUAAAAGUUGUGUGUUGCUCAUUAAACAGGGGCACCCAACGGCAAUUUUCGGGAAAAUAUCUGUUCGGAAGACGAUUUGAGAUCUAGAAUUUUCGGAGCAUUUGUUGUAAAAUUUCUUGCUUGCCUGCCUCCCCUAGGAUUUUCGAACAUCUACAAAAUGGUAUAAUUACCCAUUUUUAACGGAUUUUGACCCUAAAAAAGGCCACCUAGAAUUUUCGGGAGCCUUUUCCUGGCUGAAAUUUUCGAGAAGGUAAGUUUUUAUCCCUAUAAUUUUCGGAUCACUAGACUUUCAGCUAGGAAAUCCGAACAGAUGAAAAGUUUUUAGGGGAUAAAAAUAUGCCUAUCUCUACCGUUUGAAUACUAAAAUACGUUCAACAAUGCUAUGUUAAGUGGUUUUGAACUAUAUCCUCUUUGGGUGCCCCUGAUUAAAGACCAUGUGAUUUUACUUUAGAAAAAGUUGUUUCUGUUAUCCUAUUCAUACGUCUGUGGAUGCAUAAUUUAUAUAGGGGAUAUUACAUAGCCAUGCAGAGAUAUAAUAGAAUAAACACCAAUGAAAUACAUGUACCAAACCAGUUUUACUUAAAUAUAGGCACAAUUUAUUCUCUGUUUUCAGGGGUCAAGAUAUCACGUUUUUGCACAAAAGCCCGUAUUUCGUUGGCAAUUAUAUAAUAAGAAAAGAUCAGCGAUGCUGUUUCAUAGGCAUCAAGUGUUUAAUUCUGUAUUCGUUUCUUCCUUGUAGGAUAUACUGGAGUCAAUUGUACCACGGAUAUCAAUGAGUGUGAUUCAAGUCCUUGUCAACAUGGUGGCAAUUGUACGCAUGGCAUUAACUUCUAUAAUUGCUCGUGUCCUGAGCGGUACAAUGGCACAAACUGUGAACUGGACUUGGUAGAUGAUUGUAAGCCUACAAAUCCCUGUUUCAAUAAUGCAACUUGUGUUGAUGACGUCAACACGUUCAACUGCACUUGCCUUCCUGGAUAUGAAGGCCCAAGGUCAGUUUUCACUUUCACAUUAAGUUCGUAAUCGGCAAAAAAGGGCUCCCCCGUUCGCUAUUUCAUCCAUUCAUAAAGCUACUGUUAAACGGGCGACAAAAACGUGUAACUUAUUUCGAAACAUUGCCGCAAAACGAGUUGAAUAGCGGUGUGCACGUUUUGCCACCCACGUUCGAAACAUGUCUUGCAACAAAUCAAGUUGUGACAGGUUUCGUGAAUACCGUCGUCUGAUUGGAUAAAUUAGGGAUCUUACGAUCCGACAACGGCGACGUCCAUGAAAACGUCGCUGAAAAACAGACUUCGCAUCAUUUUAAACUGUUUCGCGAUCAUCCCGAUUCGCCCUGUUACUUAAAAGAAGGGGAUUUUGGCUGGAGCUGGAGAGAGGGGAACGGGCUCAAGUUCAGACAGAGAUGGUAGAAUUUAUCGCCUUGCCCUUCCCGUUCCCAAGUAAACUUAAAAUUUGGUCAUUUCACGUCGUAGUUGUGCAGCGAAGGCAAAGAAAUGUACAAAAAAGCGUGAUGCACGUGGUGGGUUGUUGUUUUGCUCAUUAAACUUAUUAAUUUUUUACGUUCCCGUUACCGUCGUCGUCAUGGUUUCGUAAGGUCCCUAAUAACGCGGAAAUAACGCCGUACACCGGAGUUACGUCACUUGCUGUAAAACAAGUUUCCUUGGUUCGGUAAAAGGCGCAAUUUGUACAGAUUUUGUUGCAAAAAGUAGAACGACUCUCCACCUUCUGCAACAACUUUUCGCAACCUGCAAUCAAUACCUGCUCCUGAAGGACUGCCUUUUGGUUGGUAAACUUAAAAAGUAUCUUUGAGUUCCGUGCUUCUUGAAAGGAGAAAAAGGAAGAUAAAAAAUGUAUCGCUUAGCGUGUACUCCCUUGGUUUCAAGGACAUUUUUUGCAGAUGCUUUUUUUUCUUUGUUACAAUGCUUACUUGUGUUGACUUGUAAUGAGUGAAUGCCGACUACUGGAAUAUUGAAAUCAGUUAUUGAACAUGCAUGCAAUAGCCCGCCUUUAUGCCACAUAUGCGUCUAUUUCAAAGCAUGGAAAUGGUAAACAUUACAUUUUUGUACUUACUGUUAAGACGUGCAGAAUAUUUAGGACAAGGAGAGCGCUUUCUGUGACUCAUCUGUAGUCGCAGAGAACAUUUACCUCAGGACCGUAGUUUGUUUAGAUUGCAACUUUUGCAGGUGCGUUUUUGAAGCUGACUUCUCAAGCUUUUACAGCACAUGAAAGUUAAGGCCGUACAUUGUAGUAACUUUGUUCCGGUUAGUGAAUAGAAAGAUAGUGUGGGAGUUUUGAAAUGAUUCCAAUAUUCCCUAAGACACGAGAGCAGAUAUAAGUGAUGUGAUAUUUCGAAGAUAAGGAGUCAUCGAUCAUGACACAGAUGUACGGAAGUAGAAGUAGAAUGGUUUAUUGAUUACCUUACUAGCAGUAUGAACUGAAUUGCUAAGUUUUACAAUUUAAAGAAAAAAGUUAUGAAAUAUAAUUACGAAAAUACUGCAUGCUAACCAUAUGAAUCCUGCAACUUCGAAAGUUUAAAAUAUUAGACUAACUAAGAAUUGUUUAAAAACACUUGAACAUUUGUUAAUAAAGGUAUGACAGCACCUAUUGGUCUUGCAUGGCUUUACACGUUAUGAUCUAGAGUUCCUGAGGGCCUUAGAGGGUCCUUCGUUGAAUGGUAUGAGAGGGUGCAAAAUAUCAAGGGGAUUUUCUCCAAUGUUGUUAAAAAGUUUUUUACACAGCUCUGUCCUUCUUUGCUCUAACGUAACAAGGCCUGAACGUGGCAGGGCAUCUGAGCAGUGUGCACUUCGUAACCAAAAAUUGUCCUCCGAGCACGUUUCAGUAUCCGUUCAAAAGUUAUGGUUAGAUAUUGUGGAAGACUAAAAUGACAAACCUGGCAGCCAUGGGGUAAAACAGACUGGAUGCAAGCUACAUAGAACUGAACCAGUUCUUCAGCUUGUACUUUUGCACGCUUUAGUUGCAAUAAAAAAUACAAGCGUUUGGCACCUUUUUUUGUCAUUUCUGUUACAUGAGAAUUCCACUUAAGAUCUUCUUGAAUAUGAAAGCGUAAUACCUCAACUACCUAUACUUUAUUAAUCUUACAACCGCAUCGAUUUCUACAAGUUAAUGAUUUGUCAGAGAGCGUGCAAAUGUUAUCCUUAGUUAUUUCUUUUUUAAAACUGAUUGGCGUAGAUCUAUAUAUGUUUUGUAACUUUAUUUCUAUACUUGUAGUUCCUUUUUCAGUCGAUGUAAUAGUCGUAGAAUUAUUUUGAUUAGGUUGAUAGAGAGCUGGUUGACGUUCCACCAUACCUUAACCUUUUUAUUCAGAAUUCAUUACUUUUAAGGCUUUUCAAUUCAGUUCACGAACUGACGUUUUGGGUCUCCCAGUCGUUCGGUAGAUUAUUGUCAUAAAGUAAGAAACCCAAGGACAAUAGAUAGUUCACGGAAUUCCGCAAACAGAGUUCGCUCGAGUUAUAGAAAAUCUCACUGUCUCAGUCACGAAAAAUAAGAAGUUCAUCUUCAGGCCUGGAAAGUCAGUCAUAGAAUUUAAUGGUUAGUCGUGAAAAGUCAGGGAAAACUGUGUUGUUGUUUUCUUUUUUUUGGUUUGUGUUUUGAAAAUGUUUGAAAGUUGACAGCUAAACGUAAGGUCAUGGAAAACUCGACAAGUUCGUGCAAAAAGUCGUGGAAAUUCUUGGAAUUUCAAGAGCUCUAAAGAGUAUGCAAGCCCAACAAAAGUCAUCGCGUGCCUCUUGAUUCUGUAUGGCCUAUGGCUACAAACUGCGUCCUGUUCUAAAUAUGACUUGUGAAUCAUUUCAAGGGAAUCUCUCUAAUUCCAUAUGAUUAUAGUUUCGUCAACAAUAUUAGUGGUUGACAAUAUGAAAACUUUCGAAAAUUCGAUAAAUAUUCCACAACUAGAUAUAGGUUAUCGUCAUAUUGCCUUCCUGCAAUUUCACUGGCAUGUUGUGCUGUUGAAUAGCCUUUUCUGAAGCCAAAUUGGAAAUGGAAUAUCGCUCUUUUCAUUAGUUUUUUGCAGUGAAUGUCUCGUUUUGGUCAAGUCGGAACUGUGAUUUCCCGCAAGCUUUAUACUUAAACCGCUGUAGAAUACCAAUAUUAAAUUUUUCAAAUUAAUAUUCACAGUGGCGUUAUAGACGUGACGUCUUGCGUACAAAUACCUCAAAACAGAAAGUUCGUUAUGAAAGAGCUUGUAAUGUGGUGGGUCGGAUGCUUAUCAAUUCGGGGAAGUUUGUCAGCUAAAUUGCAACGUACAUCAGUUAAUGUGAAAUGUUUCUAAGAACAAUUGUUCUACCACGUCCAUCAUGUUUCCAGAUGAUAUCAAUCCUCAUGUUGUUAGUCCUUAUGUCUUGCAGGUGUGAAACUGAGACAAAUGAAUGUCUUUCUUCCCCUUGUCUCAACAAUGGCACUUGUAUUGACCGAUUCAAUAACUUCACCUGCAACUGUACGUCAGGAUUUACAGGACAUCGCUGUGAUGUCGACAUCGAUGACUGCGUGAUUAAUCCCUGCCAAAACAAUGCUACAUGUGUUGAUGGUAUCAAUCAUCGAACUUGUUACUGCCCUGCUGAGUUUUAUGGCGCCGACUGCGGCAAAGUGCGAGAUGCAUGUCGUCCCAAUCCCUGUGACAACAACGCGAACUGCUCUUUCGCCGGGAACUCGUACAACUGUAGCUGUGUUUUAGGAUUUGAGGGUAGAAACUGUUCAGUGAAUAUCGACGACUGCAAAAAUGACUCUUGUGUUGCAAAUGCCACGUGCAUCGAUGGUGUUAAUAACUUUACUUGCCAGUGCCCAGCCGGGUUCCAUGGAGAGUUCUGUCAUUUGGAAAUUAAAGAGUGCGAUUCAAAUCCUUGUAAGAACAAUGGAACAUGUCUUGAAGGGAUUGAUGGCUAUAACUGCUCUUGUGUAGUAGGAUUUAAUGGCACACAUUGUGAGCAUAAUAUAGACGACUGUCCGUCACAUAACUGUAAUAAUGGAACUUGCAUCGAUGGUAUUAACUCAUUCACAUGCAGUUGUUCUUCAGGUUUCACUGGGGAAGUUUGUGACUCUGACAUUAAUGAAUGUAAUCGUAAGUACACGUCGCACUAGUCUUAAAGUCUUCUUAGUGCAAGCCUCGCCAAAAGAAUUUGAGACACGUUCCCCUGGCACCAACACUACCCAUAAGGAGGGGGAUUAUCUGAAAAUUGCACAUAUCAUAUAUUUAAGAUGAAGUGUCCUAAACGUUUUGAUCAGUGUUGUAGGUUAAUGGAGUAACAUGGGGUUUUUCUCCCUCCCCUGAUGGAGUGAAUGUGAUGGUAAGGAUACAUCAUAGUUAAAACCCCUUUACUGAACUAUUGGUGUUAUUUAGGGAACUUCAUGUACAAAGCACCUACAAAGUACCCCCUCCCCUGAGGACGUCUUAACCCUUAAGGCAUCAACGUCCACUUAGAAAUUCUCCAGAUUGAUCUACAUAUAUUUCCUUAAGGAAUUAAUUGAGAGAAUGUGUAAAAAGUUCAAAGCGUUUUCCCUUAGGCUUAGUGUAAACAAAUAAGUUAGGGGUCAUUUACAGAUAUAUCCAUGUUUUAAUUCGAUAUUUUAAUACAUUUUUAGUUAGUUUUAAUAGUUUGUAAUGCGCAUUUAAUCAUUUGAUAUCUGUUAAUUUGCGCAAUACCAAGUAAUAAAUAUUAUUAUUAUUAUUAUUAUUAUUUGUUUUAUUAAUGGCCAAUUUCCGAACUGCUUCACGCCUCUGUUUCAAACGAGGCUAAGUGUAAAGCUAUUUCUAUUUAGUCUCAUUCAAAUACAGUGUAAAACUCAUUUUCACAAGAAAGAUUUUGAACUUAGCCUCGUUUUUGAAAGUUAAAAAAAAUCGAAAAUAGCUUAUUUCAUUACUCUUUCUCGUUAUGAUGUAUGGAUAUUGUUUGGAGAAAAUUAGUGUUAAACUGAAAGGGUUAGGCAGAUACUUUAAGACCUUCGAUAUUUCCCUUUAUUAGAGAUACGUACAUACGAUCCUAGUUCGUGGCUUGCACAAGUUAAUGGUGAAGCGUCCGAACAAGCGUUAGAUUUGUCUCCUGACAUGAGAACAUUAGUAUUUGUGUUUUCUAGCCUAUUCGAGUCAUAACGUUUGUUUGUGUUUUUUUAUUGUCAGCUAAUCCCUGCAAUUGUAGUACGUGUGUUAAUGUCCCUGGUUCAUACCGAUGCAAUUGUGAUCAAUGGACAACAGGUGUACACUGUGAGAUUGAUAUUGAUGAAUGCCAAAACCAGAGCCUCUGUAGCAAGCAGUUAAGUCAAGGUGUCUGCAAUAACUACAAUGUGGUUACAGAUUGUGACGUUCAAGAGCGGAAAGGAUACGAGUGUUUUUGCAGAAAUGGGUUCCAAGGUAAUUUUAGCCUGCGUUACAGGAAGUAGAAGGGGAGUGGGAAAGGAUUCGUACUCGCUUAAGGCGCGAGAAGUGUGAAUGUGGUGCCGAUCUUCCCGCCAGAAAGUGCUCGAAUUCUUCUUUUCCCUCGCCCUAAAUAGCGCGUGCCAUGAAAGCGACCCUUACUGAAAUGCAAGAAAAAGCGUUUUUCAUAGUCGUGAAUCUAAUGGAUUAAAGUAGAACUGAACACUGCACUGUUGAUCACUACAAUCGCAAGAUUUGACCUAAUUCCUUUAAAAUUUGAGUAAACCGUUUUAGUACGAGAAUGGCGUCGAUUAGGCGCUGUACAUUUGCAGUGUUUCUUCCCGUUAUGAUAUUAUUCAUUUAAUUAAUAAUCAGUUUGGCAAUUUAAAACUUGAGUCGUACUGUGAGAGUCUUCAAAACCAGUAGUUCAUUCGGUUUUAAAAGUUUUUGUCAUUAUGAGAUUGUGGAGAAUAGGCAUCAAUGACGGCAGGAUUUUGCCUUCCAUAAACGAGUCUAGCUCCCUGAGCGUCGUUUUCAAAUUGUGAUUUUAAAGGCCUUCGUUUUUUAGUCAUACUUUGGUUGCAAUUACAUACAGGAAAUGCUUUAACGUUAAGGUAUGGUGUGGAAUUGCAAAUACCGGCCUCGAAUUGAAACGUGCACUCAGUAGUGAAAUGCGUCAUCGACUUACGCUCAGUAUAUUCGUGUACAACACGGAAGAAUUGAUCCAUGCUUUCUAUGCUAAGGAGUGUAAAAUUCACAAGUUUUAUACUAUUCUGUGCCACGUGUCGACCUCUAGUCUAUACUGUCCGAGGACAGGUGAAUUUUGUUCCCCCGCGAAUCUCGUUGUUUCCCAAGGUUGUACUCGUGCUGUUGAAGUAGGUAGGAACGCGUGUUGUUUGGGAUGAAUUUGAAAAUUUUGCUUUUUCUUUAUUCCAGGUCAUAACUGCGAAAUAAAUACCGAUGACUGCGCAAGUUCGCCAUGUCGAAAUGGCGCGACUUGCACCGAUGGGGUUUUUGCCUACACUUGUACAUGUGCAACUGGUUGGACGGGAAAAAACUGCGACACUGACAUAAAUGAGUGUGACCUGCAUGUCUGCCAAAACAACGCAACUUGUCUAAACUUAGAUGGAACCUACAACUGCACAUGUAAGCCUGGAUUUUCAGACUUCAAUUGUUCCACUGAUAUCGACGAAUGUGAGUCAAGCCCUUGUGUUAAUGGAAACUGUACAGAUCUGGUAAAUGGCUUCAACUGUACCUGUUUUCCUGGAUAUACAGGUAACCUGUUGAAACGCAAAUAGUUAUGGACUACAUUUAAGGGGCCAUGUCAUGCUCCUAUUUGAGUUUUUUUAAAAGGGCUUAAACCUGCCUUUGCAUCAAUUGAAUUCCGCAAAUAAUGGUCCAGCUUUGUUAUUAAAGAAUUUAUUUAGGCGUUGAAACUGUUUCCUGUCGUCUGGUGCAACGGAUGGCAAGGAUGGACAUGUAUUGAAACUAAUCAGUGAGCCCUGAUGAAGUUUCGGAUCAUUUUAUGUAUCUGUGAAACUGACCACCUACCCCUCCCCUAAGCCAACAUUUUGCCCUAAGUAAGAACUAAGUGUUAAUGUUGGUUUAGGGAAGGGGUAGGUGGGCAGUUUCAAAGAAACGUAAAAUGAUCCGAAAUUUCUUCAUAACUCUACAGGAGUAAUUUGUGUAUGGGUAAAGGCAAUAAAUAAUGACUUCAGCACAGACUCGCUACUUGUCGAGUUUGCUACUUGUCGAGUUCGCUACCUGUUCGCUACGUUUUACUUUUUGUAAACCAUUUAAAAUAUUGCCUUAAUCCCACUAGAAAAAAAUCUUUUAAUAAAUUUCUCGUUCUUUUACGCUUCCCCCUCCAAAGGUGCAAGUUUUGGACUUUGCCAAUUGGCAGCGAGCCCAGUAUGUUGGUAGCGAACUCGAACGUAGCGAAUUUGAGAGGUAGAGAAACCGGUGUAAAGCCCCUCGUAACUACCCCGUUACGCUAUGAUUUAUGUCUACUAGCAGUGUAUCCUAAAUAUGACAACAUCAUCAUGAUUUCUUUCCUAACAGUCUACGCAGUCCUUUUAGAAGAAAUAGUUUUUUUGUAAUCUGUAGCUAAUGACCGAAAUAUGACCAUUAUAAGGCCUGGUUCUGAUUGAGCUACGGUUGUUGCCUGCACAACAACGUGAUAUUUUGAAGACAGUGUUGAUCCUUUUUUAAACCUAAAUGGUCGCCAAGAUUUUUCUCACUGUACUUCAUAUAUUUUACUUCCCUGGGCAAGCUAUCGGUUUGAUGGGUGGGGCCGGAAAGCCGGGGUUUCUCGCAAGCAUGAAAUUAAUUGCAAUACUUUAGUCGGGGCAAUUGAUUCUGAAAUUUUUUGUUUUAAUUGAAGUAUUUCAAUAUUUUUCGUCCCACAGGAAAAAAUUGCUCCGAGGAUAUCGACGAGUGUGCGUCUAGUCCUUGUAUAAACAACGGAACAUGCUAUGAUUUAAUAGCUGAUUUUAACUGUACUUGCCCUACUAACUACACUGGUAAAAGGUGUGAGACCAAGCUCACAUCCUGCGUUCCGAAUCCAUGCUUUAAUAACGGCUCAUGCACGCCACACCCAGAAAACAACAACUACACGUGUGAAUGCUUUCCGGGGUUUGGAGGUGCGCUAUGCGCGAACGUGACCACCAUUGGAUUGAGCGGCUCGUCAUUCAUGUUUUUCCAGCUUGACAGAAAUGCCUUCGAGCUUUCGUUUCAGUUUCGGACCACUCUAAGCUAUGGCCUGCUUGCGGCUGAUUCACGAAAUACUUUUCUUGUGUUUCUCGAAACAGAAAAUGUUACUAUCGUGUACAAUAAGGUUACUAAGCUUUCUGUCGGCAAGACAGCCAACCUCAGCGAUGGCCACUGGCACACAAUUCAUAUCAACAUAUCUUCAAGCUCUGUGAGCGUGACAGUUGAUAACUCUUCUUGCGGUCAACACUGCGUUGCUUCAUCUUCUCUGCAAACUCAAGUGAGCCUAACAGAUCUUUACGUUGGUGGAUCUCCGUUUGGUCCAAGUUAUGAUCAUAAUACGCUGUAUAAUUUUACUGGCUGCAUCCAGGACGUAACCAUAGACAGGAACACUGUGAUUCCCACAGGCUCACAAGUGUCUGUAGUCAAUACCAGUAUUGGAUGUCUCCGCCGUGAAGUUUGUGCUUCGAACCCCUGUGCGCAUGGCAAGUGUGUAGAUAAAUGGAUCAAGUAUAGCUGUGAAUGUGAGCGCCGCUGGAUUGGCCCACAAUGUAAUGCAAGUGAGUAAUAACCAAAACUAAAAGACAAGUCGCACAACAUUUUAACCAAAUUUUCCUAAAGUCGCCUUAAAUCGCCUAAAAUUACGGCGACUUAAGGUCCCAGAGUAGGCCUUAAAAGGAUAAGGCUGUUCAAUGUAUCUGUUUAAAAUGAGCUGCAAAAACUGUUCCCAUCUGAGACAACAAGCAGGACCAAUACAAGACAUCGUGUGACAGUAAAAUGUCUGUUUAAACGAAGCAAUGCGUGUAAUUCCCUGGGGGAUCGUAAUGCAUCAAGUGAUGUUGUAGUUAUUGGUGAUCGAUUCCCAGAGCAAUCAGGCACAUUGUGACAAAGGGUUUUACAUCUGUACUUGUUAAGCUUGAAUUUCGAGUGCUUAUAGAUUAAGUAACAAUAAGUGUUGUAAUUAAUCGAAAAAAUAAGUCACCAGCAAGAAACGUUAGUCGUCAAAAUGGGAAGAAAUUGGUUUCCGCAAGAUGCGUUUUUAGUUAUCUGUACAGAAAAUUGCGUUCCCGCAGUUUUCCUUUUUAUCGUUUGCACGAAGAUUAUGCUUUGGUAACGCCCAUGUUCUCUUCAUUUCAGCUUUGAUUCCAGGUUCGUUUGGUGCAACCGAACCGUUGAACGUUGCUAGCAACAGACGGCGUCGGGAUAUUCAGAGCAUGCAGAAUGCGAGCUUUGCUAAAUUUCUCACCAAUCGUACAAGUUUUGGCGCUUCUGGAGAAUUAUCAUUCUUCAUUCGAACUCGAGAACAUAACGGUCUCGUGGUAUUUAUGACAGACAGUGGCGACAACCAUAUUGCUGUUGUUGUUCAUGAAGGAUUCUUGACUAUUCAAGUGAAGUUAGACGGGGUAAAUUCAAAUGUGACGCUCUAUGAAAGCAUAAAUGACGGAGAAUGGCAUUUCGCGGAAAUGCAAGGCAACAUGUUGCGUCUUGAUAACCACACACAGGAAGUUGUUCUAACUGGGGGGAAAAGUAUUAACUUAACUUUCACCUUCAUUGGAGGAUUGGAUGACUAUAAUCGGUUCCCUGAUGCCUUUCUUAUAAGAACCCCAUUUCGGGGCUGUUUGCAGGACAUUCGACUCAACAAUCAACUGUUUGAUUUCGGCUAUACGUCUCCCUCGUUGAUUUCCAUGGAUCAGUAUCAGUUACUAGCUAGUGGUCAUGUGGGUGAAGGGUGUAAAGGGAUGAACGUCUGUCGUUCCGCUCCAUGUGGUGUUGGAGGAUACUGUAAAGAUUUAUGGAACAAAUAUCAGUGUGACUGCAAACCACGCUAUGGUGGGACGGACUGUGCACUGUAUGGUUGUGCCCUGGUUAACCUGUGUCCUGCCAAUACAACUUGCAGAGAUGUCGGUGAAAAUUACGAGUGUAAGUGGCCAACUAUUUAAAGUAUUUAUUCUUUUAUUGUCGAAGUUUUUUUCAUAAAUUUUGUGCCAACUAUAUCACCCCAAGUAGGCGAGGACUUAGAUUUAUGAUGAGAGUGAAGGGUCCAAUUUUCUGUACCAAAAGACUCAGUAUCGCUUGCUACGUCUUUUGGAUUGAUAUCCCUUCAGGGUCUCAAUUUUCCAGCUAAAUACUAUUUUCGGCCGCUAUCACUUUCGGACUCUUAAAGUGCGCAAGUGCGUUGGAGCAACAAAAAUUGAUCGCAGCGUUUAAACGGUGUCAAUUCAAUCCAAUAUUUUCCAGUAUCUGUGUACGUAGACAAAGUUGUUGAUCAAAGGAAUUUUAGACGAAAGCCCAAACUAUGUUGCAACGCUCUUCCAACAAGGUUUCAGUGUUAUUUCAACGUUUCUCACCAAUAUUGGAAGAAUUGGUCGUGCGGUGCCAAGUCAGUAUCGCUAAGUGUUGCUGGAACCCACGCACGCUCUCAUCAUUGCCAGAAAUGGUAUUGAAGCAAAAGGGUGCCUGUCAUCAACGUAUCUGCAAAGAUUGCUCUGUGCUUUUUACACAGUUAGGGUUGACUUUAUAACUAGCUUGGCUUUGGCACUCCACCCUCUGAUAAGAGACAGUGAGGAAUUCUGUGUGUAUGGGACUCAGGGCAGAGAGAAUUUAGAAUUUUUUCUUGUCUAUUCGAUAGGUUUCCGUCCUGUCACAUUGAAUGGCAGUUCAAGUAGUGCAGUGUUCAAAUUCACUUCAAACGUUAAUGUCAGCUUCAGUGUGUCUCUGAGAGUGCGGACAAGACAGCCAUCAACUAGUUUGAUUGACAUAAAUCAAGACCAGAAUACUUUCUUUAAGAUGGAGGUCGCGAAUGGGCGAGUAAGAACCCAUUACCUUUUAGAAGGAGAAAGUGGUUUAAUAUUGUCAGGUAAGAGUCAAUACAGUUCGGCACAAAUUUCGGGGAACCCUCUGUAUGUACUGAGGAUGUUCUACCCUUAAAUAUAGGUCAUACUGCUGUGAACUUACACUAUUUAUCACUGCAUGCUACAACGUAUCGCCUUGUGCAUUUUAAACUGUUUAAAGUUGUCAGAUAGGAACAUCUUCACGAUACAUUGCUCGGUUAUAAUCUGGUAAACUAAGACCUAACAACAAAACGCAUGACCUAAUGAACAUUUGGUUGGGUACCCUGGCUCCAGAGGUCCGUUCUCGAAAUACUUAGGAUGAAGUAAACCGUGGUUACGGUUUGAGAAAGAGUGAGGCGCUUCGCUGCGAACUAUCGGGAAUCAUAUAUAUAGGUAAAAAAAAAAAGUAACCUCUAGAACUCAGGGUAAUGGUUGGGAGGGAAUUUAUUAAAACCACGGAACACAGCCAGGACCUACAGGCUUACCCUAUUGGGACAUCGUCUACUUUUCAGGAACUUCUGUCAACUUAAAACCUUAAAUUUUGGUUUGUGUUUGUAUUUUCAGAUGUUGUUGUUAGUGACGGCCGAUGGCAUGACGUCGUCUUCAACGUCACCAAUAAUCAAAGUCAUGUUACUGUAGGCGGUAGCGAGACUUAUAACUCAUCCAGACUUCCUAGUAGGGAAAUAACCGGCUUAUUACAACGCGCUUCAGUUUUGGUUGGCAACUCGGUGUUUAAAGGUUGCUUAGAUAAUGUCCGCAUCGGAGGUCUUUUGCUCCCGUUUGUUGAUUACUAUAACGGUACAUUGAAUGUAAGUCAUGUGACACCAUUAAAACCUCACUUUAACACCACCAUCGACGGAAUACAGCUUGGUUGCCAUGGUGAUGAUGUCUGCGCCAUGAGUCCUUGUGUACGCGGAGUAUGCGGCGACGUUUGGAACCAGUUCACGUGUGCUUGUCCCGAGGGAUGGGCGGGAAAUGUUUGUAACCUGACCGCUAACAUGACUUGCGCACACUCCCCGUGCGUGAAUGGCACGUGUUAUAACCUAACGUACGUUAACGUUUCAACCAAUGAGAACCAAGUAAGUGACGUAGGGUUUGACAUGUUUGGCUGUAACUGCACCGCAGGAUUUGAAGGAAAGCGAUGCGAGAACGACACGAAGGAAUGCGCCUCUGGGCCUUGUCAAAAUGGAGGAAACUGCACAGAAUUGCACCUAAACUACAGUUGCUCGUGUGCAACGGGUUUUAUGGGAAGAAACUGCCAAAUAAAUAUUGAUGACUGUGCAGACAAUAACUGCACAAACAAUUCCACUUGCGUUGAUGGAAUUGCGUCGUAUAACUGUUCAUGUGUAGAUGGUUUUAAUGGCACCUUCUGUGAGCUGGAUAUUGAUGAAUGCGCUAACACGCCGCCUUACGGUCCUUGUAACGCUACGGGAACGCGCAGUUGUAACAACACUAAAGGUAACUUCGCUUGUGACUGUAAACAGGGAUAUUUUGGUGCCUUGUGUCAGUAUGAUCCUUCUUUGACCUGUGAGAUAAGGGCACCUUGCAAAAAUGGAGGAAAUUGUUCGGAUAACGCUACAGCCUUCAGUUGUUCCUGCCCUGCUGGUUAUAACGGUACACUCUGUGAAUUUGACAUUCACGAAUGUGCUGAGUUACCUUGCAUGAACAAUGGAACAUGCAUCGACAGUCACGUCAACAAGUCGUAUUUCCCCGGUUAUGAAUGCCAGUGCACGGUGGAUUACACCGGAAAACAGUGCGAAAAGCUCAUUGAUUUAUGCAAUGAGUAUCCAUGUAAGAACAAUGCAACGUGUGAAAGGUUAGCAUAUAACGAAUACAGAUGCAACUGCACAGAAGGGUUUGGAAAUGUGAAUUGUAGUGGACUAUUGGAGAACUGCCCUCCUAAUCGAUGCAACAGUGGAGUUUGUAUCCCGUUAAUAGAUAGUUACGUUUGUCAGUGUAACCGUAGUUAUACAGGGAGGAAUUGUGAUUCACUCAUUAACAAGUGCGACUCUAAUCCUUGUCAGAACAGUGGCACUUGCAAUGUGCGAGAAAACUCCUUCGUUUGUUCCUGCGGCUUAGAAUGGGUGGGUGAACAGUGUGAGUUUGAAAAUCGCUGCUCGCCAAACCCUUGUGAGAAUGGUGCUUCUUGUAUAGUGAAUCCUCAGUUUGGAAACUUUUCAUGCGUGUGCCCUGAUGAGUUUACUGGACAGUCUUGUGAAACACAGCUCACAUCGAGUCCUCCAGUUGCAAAGGAAUCUCGGGUAUCUCCGUAUCUUAUCAGUGGGGUGGUAGUGGCGGGCCUCGUUGCCAUUUCACUUUUUAUUCUUCUGAUUUUGGCUCUGAGGAAACGAGCGGGUAACGGUACUUAUAGUCCAAGCAAGGAGGAAGGGCAAGCUGGCCGAGUGGAACUGGAUUCCAUACUCAAACCUCCACCUCUAGAGAGGCUCAUAUGAUUCCCUGCAUAUUGCAAGCGAGUAUCCAACAGGCGAAACGUAUUGAGAAAAGGAGGCAGACAGGUCAUAAGACUGCCAAUUUCUAAAUUUAAAGGAAAUCACAAAUUUAUCGUUGCAGAGUACUUAAAAACGGCGAAGAUCACCUGUCUUAUCCUUUCUCCUCAUCCAUCAAUUCAAAAUUUAUAGACUUAGAUUCUAAUAAAUACGAUACGCGUACACGAAAACUGAACAUGCAGAGUGUCAUUCUUCAAGUUGAGGAUCUUCCCAAGGAAGACUGAUGUACUACAGACUGACAGAUUUCACCGGAAUUUUACGCAAGAGAAGAUUCCUCUCUGGAAAACAUUAGAGUAUGAAAGACCCCAAGGAAUAAACCUCAUCAGUCGCAUUUGUUCGCAAGAUCUCGUUUGGUAGAGGACGAUAAUAAGCAUAGGUUUUAAAAGAUAUUUUUCAUGGUUGCCGUGUCACUCGGAUUAAUCAUCAGUACAUACAGCUAUUUCGAGAAAGGUUGUCGGCAAAAAGAUGUGUGCACGCGACAAUGCCGAAAGGUAAUGUGGGAUAUGAUCAAUACACUGUUCCUGACUCUAUAGCUGCCAAAACGUCUUUAGUGUUGCUUUCCUUUAGCACGCGCAAACAUACGUCCAUGGCCUCUUGUGCCAUUCUUUGAAAUUUCUUUGAAGAACAGUGAACUCAAAACCACCCACAAUACCUUUCGGGAUUGUCGCGUGCACUUUUUCCGACAAGCUUUCUCGAAAUAGCUGGAUAUGUUGAUUCAUAGGACCUGGGCCUCACAUGUGGAUGCACACAAGCACAAAAUUUGGGUCUAUAAGUAAAGUUGGCGCCAAAGAAUAAUUCCAACUUGGCAGGAAAAGAAAGACAUUCGUGUUUAUGCUUAAGUCGAGCACCUUAUUAGAAAUAAGAACGACUUAAGCAUGGGCAAAAGAGGAGCAGAACAUUUUGAUAUUUUUAUGUUUAUGUUUUUAUUUCUGCUUUUCUGACUGUAACGGGUAAGGUGAAGCAUCUUGUGCUAUAGUCGAUAGUAGCGGCCGGGCUCACGGGCUGCUCCAGUGCGUGCUAAAAGCGAAAGUUCAAGAAACAUGCUUCAGUGUAAUCUGGCGUGACACGCAGAUGAGCAAACUAUCAGUUUUUCUUGCGAUUAUUCUGGUAUUACCAUCAUGCUAUUUAUGUGCGACGCUGCCAGACAAGCAAAGCACCAGCUCCCUUUUUCCUUUCUUCCUAAUCCCCUACCCCUUUCGACGCUUGCUACGCAGGCUAAGUAUCACAAGAACUUAGUGACAACUUAUCCUUGAUUACAUACCCUCUUGGCGUAUAAUUAUCCUCUUAAAGGUUCUUGUGCUUAUGCUCUGCUUGUUGUCUUUAUCAAUGUUUCACUUCUAAAAUCAUUUUUAGACACGAUGGUUUUCUUAUGUAAUAGUUUGUGGAUGAAAUCCUGUUAUAUAUGUGAUCAUUCUGAUUAAACGUCUUCAGGAGUGAAAGGGGAAAUGUUAACACUUUUGUCCCAAGAAAUAAUUUUUCAUGUUUCAGACUAAUUUUUUAUGACUCUGCCAAUAUCAUCUUUGAUCUGUAAAAGAAGAUUAAAUGGGAAAUAUGACAAAAAGAUUCGGAAAACUGGCGUAAGGAAGGCUUUUUACAGACCUUUGCAUUGUGAACGUAAUUUAAAUCUAUUUCAAUGUCGUUUGUUGCCUUCAGCCGAUAUUUUCUCAGUGGUUUUCUACAACAGGGCGUGCU